CGAUACCAUCACCUAAUCUCUACAACAAGGUGCGCUCGGAUCCUCACAACCACACGCGAAACAGGCAGGAUCCUGAAAUCACCGGCCACAAGAACCAAAUACGUUCAGACAAAAGAACAAAGUCGAACCAAGUCAACCGGGCGCGAGAAAGACUUCCACAGGGACUAGCCUAAUCGAUUCGAUUUACCAUCAUCAUGGCGCGAAGGCCGCACAUUACGCUGAUGCUCGUCGUCGGCGUCAUUCUCUUUGUGUUUACGACCUACAUGCUCUCCUCGAGUGGCUCCUCGGGGGUGGUACAGCAUGCAGAGACUCUCGAUUUAGGCGGAAGUAGCGGCAGCGGAGAUCACAAGAGUGCCAGUGGCGAUGGCGGCAGCAAGUCCGCGUUUGGCAUAUCGGAUAACAUCCUCAAGGGCGGCUCUAUCGCGCCCAAGCUGGAGAAUGCGACGGCCAAAGCAGAACUAGGCCGCGCUUCCUGGCGUCUCUUCCACACCAUGAUGGCGCGCUUCCCCGAGACCCCGACCGCCGAAGAAUCGUUGGCUUUGAAAACCUACAUCCAGCUGUUCGCGCGCCUCUACCCCUGUGGCGACUGCGCAUCGCACUUCCAGAAGCUGCUAAAGAAGUAUCCACCGCAAACGAGCGGGCGCAACGCGGCGGCCGGAUGGGCCUGCUUUGUCCAUAAUGAGGUCAACAAGCGCCUCAAGAAAGAGCAAUUUGACUGUAACAAGAUUGGGGAUUUCUAUGAUUGUGGCUGUGGGGAUGAGGGUGCCAAAAAGGCGGGGGAAGCUGGCGCUGGGGCAGAGGUCAAAACAGAGACAAAGAAGGGAGGAGAUCUCAAGAUGGAUUGAGGGUUGAAUAGGAGGAAAAGUUAAUCUGCACUUGUAGGGAGGUGAGAAUCACGCAUGGACAUCAAGUGGCCUUGGGCGGCUUGUGCCGGUAUGCCCAUUGAGUAGAGCCGGAAAUGUCUUGGAUAUUGCAGUCGUAACACCGAUAUCGACUGGUGUCCUGUCGCAAUUCGGACGAACUCGACCCAAGGGGGGUUCAGAUUCCAAGGCGCUGUCGAAAUGAAGUUGUCAAAGACAUGGAUUUGCCUGCUCCUAUACCGCCG